AUGCGCAGCGCGCCAGGGAGCAUUGCCGCCACGUCCAGCACUACCGCGACGCCAUUUGUGAUCGACACGCUGUCGAGCAGCACGCUGUCAAUGGCGCGGCCAACAACAAUGGCGUUGCUGAUCGUGCUGCCCCGAAACUCGAAGGGGACAGCGCGCGCCGUGGGGAUGCAGGCAGCCGCGACAACGAGCGCCACCACCAGGAGAAGUGCCACACGCAAAGACGCACCGGUGUGCCGCCGCAACUCUGCUGCUGAGGCCAUUGGACGACAAAAGUGA